ACAGACAGAGAGAGGGAGGGAGAGGGGGAGAGAGAGAGAGAGGUGAAGCCCUGACCAGCCCCAGGACAGGGAACAAGCCCAGCGAUGAGUGAGCUGAGGCAGAGGAGAGCAGAGAAGGAGCCCGACAACCUGAGUGACAAGGAGACUGAAGGAGAUGACAGAGCAGGACUUGAAGGCGAUGGUGAUGGAGACUUGAAACCUGAUUCAGACAUUCCUGAUGUUCCUCCGUCAAAUGACACCACUCCAGAGGUUUUUAACAAGGCUCUAUCAGGACUAUCGUCAAGAUGGAAGAACUGGUGGAUUCGAGGGAUUUUGUCGCUCACAAUGAUUUCAUUUUUCUUUCUUAUUAUCUACCUGGGACCUGUAGUACUCAUGCUUGUGGUUCUCUAUGUUCAAAUUAAAUGUUUUCAUGAGAUCAUCACCAUUGGGUACAGAGUGUAUCAUUCUUAUGAGCUACCUUGGUUCAGAACUUUGAGCUGGUACAUCCUCCUGUGUGUAAAUUAUUUCUUUUAUGGAGAAACUGUUGCUGAUUACUUUGGCGCUUUAGUGCAAAGGGAAGAACCACUUCAAUUCCUAGUUCGCUAUCAUCGCUUCAUCUCUUUUGCUAUGUACCUGGCAGGCUUCUGCAUGUUUGUACUGAGUUUAGUGAAGAAACAUUACCGACUGCAGUUUUACAUGUUUGGGUGGACACAUGUUACAUUGCUAAUAGUUGUCACUCAGUCUCAUCUGGUAAUUCAAAAUCUGUUUGAAGGAAUGAUUUGGUUUAUUGUUCCAAUCUCAAUUGUCAUUUGUAAUGACAUAAUGGCAUAUCUAUUUGGUUUCUUCUUUGGAAGAACUCCAUUAAUUAAGUUGUCUCCAAAGAAAACCUGGGAAGGUUUCAUUGGUGGUUUCUUUGCAACUGUUGUUUUUGGAUUUCUGUUUGCCUAUGCCUUAUCGAGGUACAAUUACUUUGUGUGUCCAGUGGAUUACAGCAGUGAAACCAACAGCUUUAUUGUUGACUGCGAACCUUCGCCUUUGUUCCACCUGCAGGAAUACACACUUCCAUCUGUAAUGCAGACUGUCCUCGGAUGGAAAACAGUGCACCUCUACCCAUUCCAGAUACACAGCAUUGCCCUUUCCACAUUUGCAUCUUUAAUUGGGCCUUUUGGAGGUUUUUUCGCCAGUGGAUUUAAACGAGCUUUCAAAAUAAAAGAUUUUGCCGACACUAUUCCUGGCCAUGGUGGAAUUAUGGAUCGAUUUGAUUGCCAAUAUCUGAUGGCUACUUUUGUUCAUGUUUAUAUUGGCAGCUUCAUCAGAGGCCCAAACCCCAGCAAAGUUCUACAGCAACUAUUAGUACUUCAACCAGAACAGCAGCUUCAAAUCUAUAACAUGCUUAAAUCACAUCUGACUGAUAAAGGCAUGCUUCAGCCAGCAAUAAGUGAACAGUAAUACUUGGUCCUUUUUUUUGUGUUGGAGUAUUGAAAACUACUCGAUUCCAAGCUGGGAUGACUAUCUUUUGAAAUUUCUGAAGUGCAGCAGGUUAACGUUGAUGUUAGUCUUGAUGCCUACCGUUGCUGUGUACUGAAGGUACUUGUAUUCUGUAACACAUUAACUUGGCAGCAGAAAUGUAGAUUUGGAAGUUUUAGAUUUUAAAUGUAUCCAAUAACAUCUUCCAAGCUCAAUAUCCCUCAAAUGGAUGCCUUUGGAUCCCAACUGUAGAUUCCGCUUGAAGUUAACAUGUUAGAGUUAUAAUCUUUAUACUGGUGACGGGGUUGAACUUGAAUGUCUUAUGCAACAAUUACUUCUAUAGGAGGUUGGUCCUGGUGUCCAAGUUGUAGUAUUAGGAUCAAAUGAUAGAUACUUUCACUCCUUGAGAGCAUGCACUGUAUUGGGGGAAUUGCACAUAUGUCUAGUAAUGUUUACUGCAUCCGAACAUAGGCAUAUACAAUGGCGUAGAUAUCAGAUUGUUCUAAUAUUGAAAGUAACUAUAGUGUCUGCAAAAUAGAGUGUUGGCUAACCACUAGUCUUCAAACUCUGUUCUGUUCCUGUUCUGUAUGAGAAAUAUGAGACGAUGAAAGUUAAUUUUGUUUGAGUUUGGAAUGAGCUUUGUGGUUUAAAAGAAGCUUGAGUGUUUGCAGCGUGAUUAAAAUCAAUGAUCUGUGAGAGUUACCCUUAUUUCAGGUAGCAUGGCACUAAGUGUAUAUAAUCUGUAAGUAUAUAGAUAUAUAGAUGCAAGUCUGUAAUAAAUUGUAAUAAUUUCUAAACAUGAAUGUAUUUGAGAAACUGAAGAACAAUUUGAAAUUUAGAUUAUGCUGUGAAGACCAGAGGAAUUUAAUUUUCUAUAGCAUGUAUAAUUUGAUAAAUCACAGAUGAAGAUGAACAUUCACUAAGUUAAAGUGGAAGGUGCAAGAUGGUGAUUUAUAUGAAGUAAGUUAUCUUGCUUUACAUAAAGUAAGGUACCUUUUAGGGAGUUCAACUCGUUUUGCUCAUUUUACUAAAAUAUACAUAUAUAUAUAGUAGCAUAGACUGUAUAUUUUGAGCUCAUUGACUAUUUGUUCUGUGGUACUUCAACAAGAUGGUAUACCUUUCAUUGACCAAUCUUGCUGCAUUAUAAUAGUACACAACAUAUGUCUAUUGUAUUAUGUUACACUGUUAAAAGAUCCUGUUCAUCGUAUUGUUUAAUAUUCUAAAGGAGGUUCAAUUGUUUUCUGUUUUUUCCCAGUUACAUUGAUAAAUUUUAAAAACUACAAUUAAUUCCCAAUCUAAUUGACUUGCUUUUAUAUACAGUUUGUUCAUAUGCUGCAAGUUUUACAUUUUAUUGAAGAAACAAUAUUAAGAUGAUAUUUUGCUGCAAACAGAAAAUAGAUUGUCAUCCAGAAGGCAUUUAGCUUGAAAUCAACAACAAAUUACAUUUGUAUAGCGCCUUUCACGUUGCCUGUGACAAGGUGCAAAUAAACUAUUACACAAUUGAUGCAAUUAUUUUUAAAUUAAGUAUGAAUAGUUUCUGUAAU